UAACCAGCUCCAGCAGAAAAGACCAAGAGGUGGAGUGAGGGCUGGCAAAAGGAAACGGAGAGCAGGGACUAAAGGAAAGUUUUUACAAAGUGUCUGUCAGAGUACCCUCUGGUCCCGGGUACACUCAGAGACAAGGGAUAAGGAGGGUCAGUCUCUUUAAUCAGACCUCUGUGGAGAUUUGUGCGACCAUGGCCGUGCGUUUUGGGAUUGCCGUCGUCUUGUCUGUCCUGCUGCCACUCUGCCUCUCGCAUGGAAGGGACCCAUUGGGCUGGCUUUUUCAUCCGCAGAGCUACGGACGUUAUUUUGGCUCCCUGCAAGCAGACGCAGCAGGAGGGGCCUGUCCCGAGGAGUGUGACUGCCCCCCUUCCUACCCUGUGGCCAUGUAUUGUGAUGGGAGGGGCUUGACGGUCAUGCCAACGAUUCCUUCCCGCAUCAAGUAUCUAUACAUUCAAAACAAUGCGAUCACAGCUGUGCCCGAGUCAGCCCUACAAAAUGCCACUAAUUUGGUGUGGCUCAUGAUGCAUCACAACCAGCUGACAUCCAGUGGCAUUGGCGAGAAGAUAUUUAUGAAGUUGGAGGGACUGGAGCGUUUAUAUUUGCAACACAACAAUUUGACCAGCAUUCCUCCAAACCUCCCUCGCUCUUUGCGAGACCUGAGGAUCAACCAUAACAAGAUUGAAAAGGUAACACCUGCAGACCUAGAGGGAAUGGAUAACCUCACUAUCCUUUAUCUUCACGACAAUGCUGUCACAGAUAUGAGCACUUCACUGAAGGCACUGAAAUCCCUCACACUGCUUGACAUUAGUGGCAACAAGCUGACAAAGGUCCCUGAUGCUCUUCCUGCAGAUCUACACCAGCUCUACAUUGAGUAUAACUCCAUUGCCUCUCUCCCUGAGGGCUUCCUGGGUGGUUUAGCUCAGCUGCAGUAUGUCAGGUUGGCACACAACGAGCUUACAGACAAGGGAAUCCCUUCCAACACUUUUAAUGUGACUGGGCUUGUGGAGCUGGAUCUGAGCUUCAACAAACUGGAAAGAAUUCCUCCUGUCAGUACCACACUACAGCAUCUUUAUCUACAAGCCAAUCAGAUAAAAGAAUUUACCCUGGGCAGUUUCUGCAGCAUCGUAGAUGUGACCAAUUUCUCUAAACUGCGAAUGCUGCGACUGGAGGGGAAUGAGAUCAGUCGCGAGGACAUCCCCUCAGACUCAGCCCUCUGCCUGCGGCAGGCUUCCAGCAUCGAUGUCUAACCGCAUGUGUCACAUCAUUUAUUGCUUUACACACACAACUGGGUUUACAAAAUGUGCCUUGGGGUGUGACAGGUGUCAACACCAAAUCAAAGCAGGGCCAAUGACGUAAUGUGAUGCUGACUGCAGGUGGCAGCAGUGUGUUGAGAACAUGUGAAACGUCCUCAACAUUUCAGUUUUUUUUUUUAUCAAUAACCUGUUUUCAGUUAGAUGUGUCUGCUUUUAUCAGGGCACAUUAGACUUUGUCGUAAAAAAACAGCAUUUAAACUUAAUAAGUUUACCUUUACAUUUCUACGACCCUGAUCCUUGUUACACUUUGCUGUGAGGAUCAAUGACCUUUAUAAUCAAUGUUUUUCUUACGUUUGCAUACUUUUAAUUCUCUUUCCCUUUGUCUAACUUUCACCAUUUCUUAUUUUCUAUCUAAUAAAAAGCUAAGAAACAUUUUAUGUGAUGUGAACUGUGAAUUAAAUAGAUACAAAUGAAAGCUUUUAGGAAUCAGAACAUUAGAAAAUUGUAUGUCUGUGUUGCAGUGGGGUAAAUUACACUGUCUUUGUAAUCAAUUUGCUGGGAUUUUCUUAUAAAUGACGAUCUCCUUUUUCACCAUUUAUUAAGGAAAUAAAAAAAGUCUUUCAUGUGAUGAAAAUCUAACCUUAAUGUGGAAAUAGGAGAAAGUGAGAUAAACAGACAUUGUUUCUGUAGGCUUGUGUUGUGAUUCGUGAGUUUCUGUAAGCAUCCGGCAGAUUGAUUAUCAUAUUUGUGUAACAGACCUGGUUUUCAUUUAUGAGCCAAACAAAUAAAGGAUUGGAAUUUUUUGUAAAAACAGUCCUUUUCACUUUCGCUUUCUUUUUAAAUGUUAAAAUUAAGUUGCACAACUGUGCUCUCUAUUUUACUGUCUUUGUGGUAUGACUUAGUAAUGCCCUGGAUUUGAACACUUUUUUCUCAGGAAAAAGUCAAUUGUCUAAAGAUUUGUGUCGAUGUUAUGCAUCUGUUCCAUUCUUACAAGCAAUGGUAAUGAAAAACAAACUAACUGUAAUCAGUUCACCCUGUCAAUGAAUCUAUAAUAGAUACAAAUAUUUUCUAUAUGUGUGUCUAUUUUUAAUGCUGCAGAUUGUUAGGCGCUUCAAACACCAAACUGAGAUAUUAAUUUCUUUCAGCAUAUUAGCGUGAUUGUCCAUCAGUUAUCAAUGCUGAACUCAAGGUGUAUAGAAAGGAAAAGUUCUCUGACAGAACUAACAGAUGUAGAGGAAAGCAUGUAGGAUGAUGUAGGCACAGUGAAGUUAAUUAAAUACAGCACUAAAAAGAAAGGUUAAUUCUCAAUAUGCAGCAUCGUGAAAUUACAUUUUUCAAAACAUUCCCACUGUGCCUGGAGGGUUGGAGGCAAAGAGAUUGCUUUUAGAUCCAAUGCUUUCAUUUUCAACCAAAUCAUAAUUACAAACCUGUUUUGUGUCACAGUCUGUUUCCUCAUCAUCACCAUACCUGGCUGUAAUUAUUCUCAAUCUCAAACCCUACAGUUUUAACACAAAGAAAAAAUUUCAGCAAAUGUCUUUUUGUCGUGUUUUAUUCACUUGAAGGUUGCAGAUCUGAACACAGUUAAUCAGUUUCUGAAAUGUGUUGUAGCUUCUAUAAAUGUUAAUCUAUUGCUGCUUUUUUCCAUGUUUCUACUUUUCUUUAUUUCAACGAUUAUACUUCAUUGUCGUCAG